GCGUAGGUGGAGAGAGAAAGAGGGGGAGUGGAUGUGUUAGACUGUAAGGUGGGAGGAGAGAGGGAGGGGAAAGAGCGAGAAGAUUUGAGGGAGGAAGAAAAAUAAUUGCCCGGACGGUUGGACGGCGGUCGCCUUUCUAUUUCCUUGGCCCUUCUUUGAGCGGCUGUUUUUGGUGGCGCCGGUGGGUUCUGCGUCUGCCUCAUGUCCGUCGCCCGAGGCCUCAUGAACCGCACGGAGCUCUCCAGCUGGUGGGUGGCGGAGGAGCUCGUGGCAGCGGCUGACUGGUGGACGGAGAUCAAUGAAUCGACGAGGUGGCAGGACGGGAUCUUCUAUUUCCUGUGCGCCGCCUACGCCCUCGUCUCCUCCGUUGCCCUGAUUCAAUUAAUUCGUAUUGAGUUGCGGGUGCCAGAAUAUGGAUGGACAACACAGAAAGUUUUCCAUUUUAUGAACUUCAUUGUAAAUGGCCUCCGUGCAGUUGUCUUUGGAUUUCACAAUCAAGUCUUCUCGUUCAAACCAAAGGUGUUUCUGUUAGUUUUGUUGGACUUGCCCGGGCUCUUGUUCUUCUCAACGUAUACACUACUUGUGUUGUUCUGGGCAGAGAUUUAUCAUCAGGCACGAAGUUUACCCACAGAUAAGCUCCGAAUUGUUUAUAUGUCAAUCAACGGUGGAAUAUAUUUUAUACAGAUCUGCAUCUGGAUUUACAUCUGGAUUAAGGAUAAUACUGUUGUGGAGUCAGUUGGGAGCAUAUUCAUAGCAGUUGUAUCCUUUGUUGCAGCACUAGGUUUCUUGCUUUAUGGAGGGAGACUAUUUAUGAUGCUGAGGCGCUUUCCUAUUGAAUCCAAGGGUCGAAGGAAGAAGCUUCAUGAGCAGGUUGGCUCUGUUACUGCUAUAUGCUUCACCUGCUUUCUGAUAAGAUGCUUUGUGGUUGCUUUGUCUGCAUUUGAUUCUGAUGCAUCUCUCGAUGUGUUGGAUCACCCAAUUCUCAAUCUGAUAUAUUAUAUGUUGACGGAGAUCUUGCCUUCAGCACUUGUUCUUUACAUCCUUCGAAAGCUACCUCCUAAAAGGGUUUCUGGACAGUACCAUCCAAUCCGAUGAAUAUUCAAAUCUUAAAAUCUUCCGAGCUGGAUUCUAUAUGAAAUCAAAGUAAGCAUCAUGUCGAAUGGAAUCCAUGGCUGACCCUGCAUCCAAGAGAAGCUGAUCAAAGAGAGCAAUCUUGUAGAGGUACAUUUUGGGAUUUUGUGGGAUCAGCCUUUUGACAUCCUUGGUGCUAAAGAAAGCUGAACUUGAACCAAAGUCGCUGGUGUCUUGUGUUCUGGGUUGGCCUUCACUAUUCUGCUUUUGUUUCUUUUGUUUUUUUUUUCCAAGCCAUCUCUUUCUUUCUCUUGGAUGUGUGUACGAAUGAAGAAAAAAAUGUAGUGGCCGCAAUUCAUUGAUUGGAAUUCGUGCAUAGCUCUGCUGAGUUUUUUGUGUUUAAUGAUAAAUGGUCAGAGGUUGAUACAAA